GCACGCAGGUAACCUGGAAGUUGCAACGUUUAAAAUGCUUAGUGGCUGCUGGGCCUGGGCAAAUAUAUGAGGGAAUAGGCUGUAGCGGAGGUAUAUGGUGUGUGUUCGGUUCUUCGGUGUUUGUGAGAAGGAUUGAAAGAUGCCGUCACGCGUGGAAGAUUAUGAGGUUUUGUACACCAUCGGCUCUGGUUCUUACGGGAAAUGUCAGAAAGUUCGCAGGCGAUCUGAUGGCAAGACUUUAGUUUGGAAAGAGCUGGACUAUGGCACCAUGUCUGAGGCAGAGAAGCAAAUGCUGGUCUCUGAAGUGAAUUUACUGCGUGAGCUCCGACAUCCCAACAUUGUUCGCUAUUAUGACCGUAUCAUUGACCGAACAAACACUACUCUUUAUAUAGUGAUGGAGUACUGUGAAGGUGGGGACCUGGCCAGCCUAAUUUCUAAAUGUACAAAAGAGAGGCAAUAUUUAGAAGAAGACUUUAUUCUGCGUGUGUUUGCUCAGCUUGCUUUGGCGUUAAAGGAUUGUCAUAGACGAGGAGAUGGUGGCCAUACGGUACUUCAUAGAGACCUAAAACCUGCAAACAUAUUUUUAGAUGCCAAAAAGAAUGUGAAGCUUGGAGACUUUGGGUUGGCCAGAAUACUGCAUCAUGAUACAAGUUUUGCCAAAACAUUUGUUGGCACUCCAUAUUAUAUGUCUCCUGAGCAAAUGAAUCGUAUGUCCUAUAAUGAGAAGUCGGAUAUCUGGUCUCUCGGCUGCCUUCUAUAUGAACUUUGUGCCCUUUCGCCACCAUUUACUGCCUAUAAUCAGAAGGAGUUGACAGAAAAAAUAAGGGAAGGAAAGUUUAGACGAAUCCCAUAUCGUUAUUCUGAAGAUCUGAAUCAAGUGAUAACAAAAAUGUUACAUCUUAAGGACUACUUAAGACCUUCAAUAGAAGAAGUUUUACUGAAUCCAUUGUUAACAGAAUGGGUUAUAGAGGAACAGAGCAACAUUUCUGAAAAGAAGGCCUUUAAAGCCUCCGAAGAGAAAAUGCAGCAACCAAACCCUGUAGCUUCAGAACUUCGGUUAAAGGAAAACCAGUUGCUAACGAGAGAGAAGGCUUUGAAAGAAAGGGAAGAUCGGCUAGAACAGAGAGAACGAGAACUUUGUGUACGCGAGAGACUUGCUGAAGAUAAACUUGCAAGGGCAGAAAAUUUGAUGAAGAAUUUAAAUCUGAUGAAAGAGCAACGUCUCUUUUCUCCUGCACUGGAAAAUGGGCUAGAUACCAUUCUUGAUCGCUCAUCUACAAGGAGCAAGAAGUAUGUCCACUUUGGGGAGAGUAAAGAAAACCGUGACUCAGAUGGAAUGAGUCAAGAGAAAUGUACAGAAUUAAAACGACGGUUGCAUGCUGCAAAUAUGAGAGCGAAAGCUUUGAGCGAGAUUGAAAAGAACUUUCAGUUAAAAAGUCGACAGAUCUUAGGGAUGCGUUGAUGGCUACAAAAGGAGAAAGGGGGGGAAAAAAAACACUGUUCAAACUUUUUAGACUUUACUCCAUUGUCUAACAGUUUUUUUUAUUUAUUGUUUUAUACGGUUUUUGUAAGAAGUAAUUAUAAGCCAGGCACUAAAUGUAUGCCAACAUUUAAAAAGUUAAUAUAUUUUUUUACAGCUGUGGGAAUGCCUGUAUGUGUUGAUGGGAAUUUUAAGGUCAAUGUGGUUACAUUAGUGUUUGUUCAAAAGGUAAAAAGCAUUUGCAUUUUAAGUGUCCUAUAGAAUUCAGAGGUAAUCAGAAACCAGUUUCAGUGCAUUUAUUAUUGGAAAAUGUUAUUUGGUCUACAUUAUAUAAUGUAUAGUAAUACUGUUAAAGCAUACAGUGAAAAAAGGCCAAUAUUUUGGCUGUAAUGGCACCAUGAUUUGUUUGCAUUUGCGUCAAAACAGGACACUGGAUUAAUAUUUCAUAUUUUUGAAAAUAUGAAGCCUUCCAUUAUGUUUCCUGGUAAAUGUUUAAAAAUUAAUUCAUAGGUUGUUUGUAUUGCUUAGUCUUUAUGUACCUGUGCUUGGGAAAUUUUUAAAAGGGCAGUAAAUGAACCAACCUAAACACUCUACCUUACAGCAUUUACGCCAACAUAACGCAUAUAUUUGCAGCACAUGUCCCUUUAAAAUAACUGCACCAUCUGUCCUACACAUUAUUAUAUAUAAUAAACUGUGAGGCAAGGUAUUAUACUUUAUUUAUGAAGCGCCAACAUAUUCCGCAGUGCUGUCCAUGGAUACAAUUCAUUUAAAUAAAACAAUACAAGACUUGUAAGAUACAGGACAAAAUUUAAAAACACAUACAGGAGGGAUUGAGGGCCCUAUUCCUGUGGGAACUUACAACCUAGAAGGGUAGGAGGUUGAGAAACAGGAAGUGAGGAAGAUGUUAAUACUGAGUUAGAUAAGGAAAAUGUUAGAUAAGUGAAAUGCAUUUAUUAUUGAGUUGGGUUGUAGGCUUCCCUGAACAGAAAAGUCUUCAGGGAACAUUUAAAGGAAGAAAGAUUAGGGCAAAGCCUGACAGCACGAGGGAGAGUGUUCCAGAGAGUAGGUGCUGCACUAUAGAAGUUCUGUAGUCUAGCAUGAGAGGAGGUGAUAGUUGCAGAUGCAAGGAGCAGGUCAUUGUUGGAUCUUAGUGGUCGGGCUGGAGUAUACUUGUAUAUUAGAGAGGAUAGGUAGAGGGGAGCGGCGUUGGUGAGAGGUUUGUAUGUAAGGGUGACAAUUUUGAAUUUGAUUCUGCUGUGAAUGGGGAGCCAAUGAAGGGACUCACAAAGAGGUGCAGCAGAUACAGAUCGACGGGAAAGGUGGUUCAGCCUGGCAGAGGCAUUUAGGAUGGAUUGAAGGGGGGAAAGAGGAAGGCCAGCGAGUAGGUUAUUGCAGUAGUCAAGUCGGGAGAUAACAAGGGAGUGGACUAUUUGCUUUGUGGUGUCAGCGCUCAGAAAAGGGCAAAUUUUGGAAAUAUUGCGUAGAUGAUUGCGGCAGGAUGUAGAAAGCGAUUGGAUAUGGGGGACGAAGGAUAGGUUUGAGUCAAGUGUGACUCUGAGGCAGCGGACUUGGGGCGAUUGGGAAAUGGUGAUACUGUCAACAGGGAUAGAGAACUCAGCGUAGAGCUGGGGGGGGUGGGGGAUAAGAAGGAGCUCAGUCUUGGACAUGUUAAUCUUUAGGUGGUGAGAGGCCAUCCAGGAAGAAAUACCAGAUAAGCAGUUGCUGACAUGAGAGAGAGCAGGGGUGGAGAGGUAGAUCUGGGUGUCAUCAACAUAGAGGUGAUAGUUGAAGCCAUAACUGUUGAUAAGUUUACCCAGCGAAGAAGUAUAGAUGGAGAAGAGUAGAGGACCCAGUACAGAUCCUUGAAGUACUCCGACAGAGGCAAAUGACACAGAAAAAGACCUGUGAGAAAGAUAGGAGUGAAUCCAGGAAAGAGCAGUGUCACAGAGGCCAAAAGAGCUAAGGGUCUGUAGGAGGAGGGGGUGGUCAACAGUGUCGAAGGCAGCUGAGAGGUCAAGUAAGAUGAGUAUAGAAUUGUGGCCAAUAUUUUUAGCAGAGAGAAGAUUGUUUGUGACCUUGGUAAGGGCAGUCUCAGUUGAGUGUUUUGGGCGGAAUCCGGAUUGCAGUGGGUCAAGCAAGGAGUUGGCGGAUCAGUAAUAGUACAUACUACCCUCACUAAAUGGGUUUGUGUUCCUGCUGGAUGUUUCAUGAUACAGCUUUACUUAAAGAACAUGUAAAUACAGUAUCCCAUAAUCAACAACUGCAUGAUAAAAGACAAUGCAAUAGCACUUAGUCUGAACUUCAAAUGAGUAGUAGAUUUAUGGUUUUUCUGACUAAUUUCAGUUAUGUCUAUUUCCACUCCUGUAUUGUGACAGCCAAUCAUAUUCUGUGAAUUCUUGCAAAGUGUAAUUAUAGAAAGACUGCGUGUUUUGUUAAUGGAAGUAAAUUGGAAAGUUAUUUAAGAUUGCUGCUAUUUCUAAAUCAUGAAAGUUUCAUUUUGACUUGAGUGUCUCUUUAAAGCUUUGCUGCAGUA